AUGACUCCCACGGCGAUAUCGCGGAUCGCUGGAUUCCUCGGCAUCACAUCACUCAACGCGACUGGACGAGAUGCAUACAUCAUCAUCACACUGCGAUCAUUGAGAAUGUUCACGGCUGGCAUUCCGUCGCUGAUUCUCGCCCUCUUCUUCUCCUCGCUCAAAUUUCCGGAUUCGAGGAUCGGGGUCUUCAUGACAUUGACAUUGCUCGGAGAUGUCCUACUGUCAUUGCUGCUCACUCUCGUGGCGGACAAAAUAGGCAGGAGAAGGAUUCUGUUCAUGGGCAGUGUGAUGAUGGCUUGUUCAGGCGUCGCAUUUGCGCUGUCGGAGAACUUCUUCAUUCUUUUGGUUGCGGCGGUGUUCGGCAUCAUUUCUGUCACCGGUGCUGACUGUGGUCCUUUUAGGGCUGUCGAGGAGAGCAUGUUGAGUGGCCUAACAGACGAGACAACAAGAAGCGAUGUACUCUCGUGGUAUGUCACAGCGACAACAUUGGCAGGGGCCAUUGGCGCAGAAGUCGCAGGGAGAACGGUAAAUGCUCUCGAGAAGAGCAGCGGUAAUGUGACCAAGGCAUACCAUGCCCUGUUCUGGGGCUAUGCAGCCUUCGGAGUGCUUGGGAGCAUCCUUUGUCUGGGUUUGAGUAGCAGAUGCGAGGCUGCAGGUGAGAAACGGGCGGAGAUGCAAGAGCGAGGACGUGGUGGGGGCCAUGGCGAAGAGGAAGAAGUGCUACUGGAGGCGAUGACGCCCAGCACCACAGACGGCUUCGAUCAAGACCGCGAGAACGUAGGAAGACCAGCGGGUGUCAGGAACCCGCCAUCGCAAAAGAAAGCAAGCUACUUUAGUCAGAUCUCGCAGAGUACACGAUCCGUCAUGUACAAGCUCUGGAUCCUCUUAGCUGUUGACAGUCUAGCAGACGGCAUGACACCUUACUCCCUGAUGAACUACUACGUCGACCAAAAGUUCCACGUCUCAAAGUCUACGCUUGGGGAUAUUACCUCGGCUUCGCAGUUUCUCUGCGCAGUUGGAGCUAUCUUCGCCGGACCAUUGGCCAAACGCAUAGGUCUCAUCAACACCAUGGUCUUCACCCACCUCCCAUCGUCGAUCGCCAGCGGCUUCAUCCCAUUACCUUCAAAAGUCGGUUGGACAGUGGGCCUGCUGCUAUUCCGAGCUUCCCUCAAUAGCAUGGAUCAAGCACCGCGUACAGCUUUUAUUGCAGCAGUCGUGAAGCCUGAAGAGCGUACGGGUGUCAUGGGCAUCACUAGUAUGCUGCGCACGUUAGCCAUGAGCGUCGGGCCAUCAAUCACAGGCUUCCUCUCCGGUAGCGAUAACUUCUGGGUGGCUUUCGUGGCUACGAGUAUUUGUAGGAUCACCUACGAUAUUGGAUUAUGGAUGUUGUUCGUAAACGUCAAGGUAGAGAAGGACGUUGGAAGAGAAGACGAUAGGGAUAGCGUCGAUGAUGAUGCUUGGAAUGGAUUGCUCAGCGACACAGAAAGUGACAUCAGUAGCGAGGGGGGAAAGAGCAAGGAUAUUGAUCGCGAAAGUAGGGUAUAA